CCCAUUUCUUGCAGGUGUUUCUGUCAGCAGAAGUUAUCCUGAAAUCUAUGAUAAGAACAAAAAUACACCAUGCAAGACUAUGAAGAAAUCACUGAACAGACCAAAAAUUCCAACUCUCAAAUGUCAAGGAACUUCUCAGAAUGCAAUAUGUCUACAAAUGAGAUUGUAAAAAACAAAGCAAAACCGUUCCCAUGUUCACAAUGUGGGAAAUGUUUUCGCUCACAUUCACAAUGUGUUGUCCAUCUCAGGAGUCACACAGGAGAAAAACAUUUUGAAUGCUCCGACUGUGGAAAGUCCUUUUGCCAUCACUCACAACUUGUGAGCCAUCAGAAAACCCACACAGGAGAGAAACCUUACUCAUGUUCUGAAUGUGGGAAAAGUUUUACUAGUAAACCAAGCCUUAGUAGACAUCAUCAGAAAACCCACACAGGAGAGAAACCCUUCCCAUGUUCUGAAUGUGGGAAAAGUUUUGUGACUAAAUUGGAACUCGUUGUGCAUCUGAGAACCCAUACGGGAGAGAAACCUUUUCCAUGUUCUGAAUGUGGAAAAUGUUUUAGCCGGAACGCGCAUCUUGUGAUCCAUCAGAAAACCCACACAGGAGAGAAACCUUACUCAUGUUCUGAAUGUGGGAAAAGUUUUACUAGUAAACCAAGCCUUAGUAGACAUCAGAAAACCCAUACAGGAGAGAAACCCUUCUCAUGUUCUGAAUGUGGGAAAAGUUUUGUGACUAAAUUGCAACUCGUUGUGCAUCUGAGAACCCAUACGGGAGAGAAACCUUUCUCAUGUUCUGAAUGUGCAAAAUGUUUUGCACAGCUCUCACAUCUUGUUAAACAUCUGAGAACCCACACAGGAGAGAAACCAUACUCAUGUUCUGAAUGUAGGAAAAGUUUUAGUGUUCGAACAAAGCUUCUUAAACAUCAGAAAAUCCACACAGGAGAGAAACCGUUCUCAUGUUCUGAAUGUGGAAAAUGUUUUGUAAACAAACCAAGUCUUAUUAAUCAUCAGAGAACCCACACAGGAGAGAAACCGUUCUCAUGUUCUGAAUGUGGAAAAUGUUUUUCCACUAAAAUGGAGCUUAUUACACAUCAGAGAACUCAUACAGGAGAGAAGCCUUACUCAUGUUCUGAAUGUGAAAGAUGUUUCACUCACCGUACACAUCUUAUUACACAUCAAAGAACCCAUACAGGAGAGAAACCUUACUCAUGUUCUGAGUGUAAAAAAGGUUUUUCCACUAAAAUGGCGCUUAUUACACAUCAGAAAACCCACCCAGGAGGGAAACCAUUCUCAUGUUCUGAGUGUAAAAAAUGUUUUGUCAGUAAAUCAUAUCUUGUUAUACAUCACAGAAUUCACACGGGCGAGAAACCUUUCUCAUGUUCUGAAUGUGGUAAAUCUUUUGUUAGAAAACCAGAACUUGUUAGACAUCAGCAAACUCACACAGGAGAGAAACCGUUCUCAUGUUCUGAAUGUGGAAAAUGUUUUUCCACUAAAAUGGAGCUUAUUAGACAUCAGAGAACUCAUACAGGAGAGAAACCUUUUUCAUGUUCUGAAUGUGAAAGAUGUUUCACUCAGCAUUCACAUCUUAAUCAACAUAAAAAAACCCACACAAGAUAGAAACCUUACUCAUAUUCUGUAUGUGGAAAAUGUUUCAUCCGUAAAUUAGAGCUUGUUGCACAUCAGAAAACCCACCCAGGAGUGAAACCAUUCUCAUGUUCUGAGUGUAAAAAAUGUUUUGUCAGUAAAUCAUAUCUUGUUACACAUCACAGAAUUCACACGGGCGAGAAACCUUUCUCAUGUUCUGAAUGUGGUAAAUCUUUUGUUAGAAAACCAGAACUUGUUCGACAUCAGCAAACUCACACAGAUGAGAAAACUCCUAACACAGUAUAAUGCAUCUAUAGAUUAACAUAUAAUUAAAUGCUGACAAAAUAAAUGAGUGUGAGAGUAACAGUUAAUGUACAAAUGACGGUAUUGUGAUAACCCUGCAGGGCCCCUCUUUACCUUCUUCCCCUAUAGUAUUACGGUUAAAUUUGAAGACCACUUCCAUGUUCAGCUCUUGCUUUGUUUAAUGUUUGUUUUUGUUAUUGCACAUAUUAUCUGGUUUACCCCUUGACAACCGAUGACAGUUCAGGACCGUCAUCGGUAACAUACCGUUAAGGACCAGUGACGGUCCUGAACAGUCAUAAAGGUCAUAUGUACUUACCCGAUCGCCGUCGUUUCCCCCGGCAACGAUCAGCGGUGCUCCCGAUGUGGGGAGAUUGCCUGCAGCCCAGACAUGGUGAAAUAGAACCCUGGGGGCCAUGUGAUUGCUCAACAGAGCGGUCAUAUGGUCACAAUAGGUGUCCUAGUGUCUGCCUGCAGGGUGACUGCCUGUGUUGUCAAGCAGUCUCCCUGCAAGUGUAAAAGAAAAAAAUGUUAAUGUUAGUAAAAAUAUAUAAUUAUAUAUGUGUGUGUUUAUAUAAAUAUAUAUAUAUAUAUACAUAUACAUGUAUAUGUAUGAGACAUAUCUAUAUAAUAUGUCUAUAUAUCAUAUAUAAGGUCAUAAGUGGGGUAUGUCCAGUCUUUUUUAGUAGCCACUUAGUCACAAACACUGGCCAAAAUUAGCAUUCAAUUUUUUUUUUUUCCUUUUUCACAUACAAACAAAUAUGAACGCUAACGCUGGCCAGUGUUUGUGACUAAGUGGCUACUAAAAAAAUACUGGACAUACUCCAUAUGGAAUACCCUGGGUUGUCUACUUUAAAAAAAAAAAAAUGUACAUGUGGGGUGUGAUUCAGAGUUUUAUGACCGAUAAUAGUGUUACAAAGUCACUAUUGAUACAUUUUAAAAAUAUAUAUUUUGAAACAGCAAUUUCCUAUUUGUACUUAAAUCCCUAUAACUUGCAAAAAAAAGCACAUAAACACUGGGGUUUUUUUUAAGAUUCAGAACAUAUUUUUUUUAUCUAUCAUUUUUUUCAUUAGCUUUAGUAGGCAGUCAAAAAACAUGUUUUAAAAAAAAAAAAAAUUUCACCAUAUUUUUUUUACAUUUUUUUUUUAAGUAAAUUAUGACAUAUUACAGAUAAUGGUAUGUAAAGAAAGCCCUUUUUGUCCUGAAAAAAACAAUAUAUAACUUGUAUGGGAACAGUAUGUAAACACCACAAAAGUGUUAAAAGAGCCCUGGUCCUUAACGUACAACAUCGCAAAAACAGACCAGUCCUGAAGGGGUAAAUUGAUGUUCCCUUUUAUAAGUUUCACCUAUUGUAUCUCUCCCAUUGAUUGUUUUAAUUUUUUUAUCGCUUUAGCUGCAUACCUCUCCACCUAUAAUUGUUGUUUUAUCUGACCCCACACUCUCUUUUAUAGCCUAUGCCCACAACAGCAUUCAUAAGUUUCACUCAGGACUCGGCAUCAUCUGGUCUUGCAGACAAGGCCAUAUACUAGCAGAUAAAGAUUAAGUCUCUCAAAACUCACUUAAACUUUUUUUUGCUCUCUUUCUAGAGGGCCACAGUCCACUUUCACCUUUCAAUCGUGCUACUUCCCAGCCUGCUGCUUGGUUGCUAUUCACUAGUCUGCCCUUACUGUGUUUUUAUACCCUACCUGAUGUAGAUUGAAAGCACUUUCAAACAGGGUCAUUAUCAACCUAUUGUUCUGUAACAAUUUGUAAUCAUUAGCUCUAUGUAAAUGCCAAUAAUAAUUAUAUUAGAUUUAACAUGCACGUAUACAUAUCAAUUACCACAAUCCUAUUAAAGUCUGCUUAACCCCUACAUGUGUGCACAGAACGCUUAUUUCAUUUAAUAGUGUGCUGUGGGCAUUUGAUUUCUUAAAGUUUGUUUUAAGCUGUGUCCUUCUGGCAUUAUGCCCAGCUUCAUGAAUACAGUGUUUAGAAAGUAAAUGCUAAUUGUUUUAGUCAAAUAAUUACAAAUCAAGGCUAUGUCAUGUCUGUGACAAACUCCCUGUGGCAAAAGUUACCUCGCCACUUGUACCUGGAGG